AUGUCCGUCCUUCAGGAUCGCGUUUCGCCACGGCCGUUUGGCGAGAUCCGGAAGGUCUUGGAAACGGACCUGGGGAGGCCACUCGAGGAGGUGUUUGAUCGAGUUGAUCCGGAACCCAUCGCGGCGGCCUCCCUCGCGCAGGUCCAUCGCGCUGUUCUUAAACAGGAAAAGGCGGAGGUGGCGAUUAAGGUACAGUAUAUCGAGAUCGCGCAGCGAUUUCGUGGUGAUAUGCGGACGAUUGAUUUCAUGCUGCGCCUCGCGGGAUGGUUCUACCCCGGGUUUAACUUUGGACAAAUCUUAAAUAAACUUACUACGACCAUCAGCGCUGAGCUAGAUUUUCGUCUGGAGGCCCAUAAUAGCAAGCGCGCUGGAAGAGAUUUAGAAAAAGGGGGAUUUGGUAAUCGUGUAGUCUGCGCGCGUAUUUUUCCCGAUUACGUCACAAGGCGUGUGCUUGUAUCCGAGCUUGUUGAACACGGAGUGAAGAUAUCCAACAGAAAGGGUAUUAUCGCGAACGGCAUGAAUGUUUCUGAGGUUUCCCGAAAUUUUUUUGACGCAAUUGCGUAUCAGAUUUUUGUCACGGGUUUUUUUCAUGCUGACCCGCACGCCGGGAACGUUUUAGUGCAUAAGCUGCCAGACGGGUCGCCACAGAUCGUUUUGUUAGAUUACGGCCUCUGCGCCGAGCUGGAUCCGGUUCAACGAAAGGAGUUGAGCGAUAUAUGGUCGUCCGCCAUCACACAUAACAAUAUCAAGCUCUCCGAGCUUGCAAAGCGAUAUCAUUGCGAUGAAUUUGAACUAUUUGCUUCCUGUUUCUUAAUGAUGCCAUACGUUUACCACACUAUGAAAGAAAAAAUCUAUAAGAACGUGGAGUUCGAGCGAAGUAUUCGCGUGCAAGUACGGGAGCGAAUGGAUGAUAUAAACAGUAUCGUAAACAGGCUUCCAAAAGAAUACGCCUUCGUUCUUCGAAGCCUAAUGGCAACCAAAUCUAUUAGUCAUGAACUUGGUAGUCAGCUUAGCCGCUCCAUGUGUUUAUUGCGCUACUCCUUGUACACUUCGCACGCAGGGGCGUCGUUUAUACGGAUAUAUUAUUUAAAAGUUUUAGCAUGGAUGGAGACUCUCUACGCGCUUUUCAUGAUGUCCUUUUUUAAGUUUCAGAAUCCGGAAUUGGCAAAAACAUUAGAGACAAAAUAUUAUGCUUGA